UCUGCUCGCAGGAAACGGCAAAGAAAAAGAAAUUGGAAAAACUACACUUGUUUACUAUAUGAACUGCACCUUUACUUAAUAUUUCUCCUUUACAAUACGUUGUGUUCUGUUUGAAGGAUCGGAGACAACUGAAGUGAAGACCCUUCUCACAAUUAGUUUUUAUUCUAACGCUAAUUUCCGAAAUUCAGUUAACCCUAAGUUACACCCCUAAGCUAAGGUAGAGAGCCAAUCAGGUAAUGAUGCGUGGGUGGAGGGGGUCUCAUGCCCUUAAGGGGUUACAUGGGUUUCACGGUUUCAAAAAAUCGAUUUUUUUUUUUUUGUCUUAUUAAAUUCUAUAACAUCUCUAGAAUAUUGUCCUAAAUUUUCAAAUUGAUCCGAGUAAUAGUUUCGGAGAUACAGCCCUGAAAAGACGGACGCUCGAGGUCAGGUAAUUCAAAGUGUCUAGAGCUGUUUAAAGUGUCUAGAGCCGUUUAAAGUGUCUAGAGCCCAGAUAAGCCAGGGUUCGUCAUCGACAGGAGCAAAAGGAUGCCCUGGACAUUGCAGCUGCAGCAGGUUCUCUACUUUAUGGCCCAGGAAUCGACGAUUCAAUAUAAUCCUGAAAGAAGUUCUGCUGACAACGCGGAGGCACCUUUUUUCCGAGGGACUGCCGGAAAUGGCGUCGUAAUGGCCGCCAUCUUGAUAUUUUUUUUUGAAAAUUUCACAAAAUGUUUAUUAAAUAUGUAUCUUUUAAAUCAUAAAAAGUUUCAUCUAAAUAUUUCAUUUUUUACAUGCAAAAAAAAUUAUUGAAAAAAGGCCGUUUUUUGCCCGACGAAACCCAUGUAACCCCUUAACUGUUUCCCUUCAGGCCCAACCCCUACUCAGUCUACGUCAUCGGUGACGCUGGGCCUAUGUGAGAGAAGUGGGAGAGAGGGAAUUCAGAAGGGGGAGAAGUGAGCCCUCAGGAGAAUGAGAGGGGUCGAAACAUCCGAGCACCCGGCAAGGAGAAAUUAAGGGAAAGGGGGUUUUCCCAAGGGAUUUAGAGUAGGGUUUAUGGAAAUCGUUUUUGAAUGAUCUUUAAUUGUCUGGCCACAUGUUGAGCAAUUAAUGAAGUCGCCGUGAGGGAUUUUAUAUUUAAUGUCCUGUUUUAUGAUAGGAUUAGGGAUUUCGAAUUGUCUGGAAGAAGUGGAGAUAGAACGAAUGGGUUUAUAAUGGAGUUGGAAUAUUUCAAAGCGUCUUGAAAACUUUAGAAUAAAACGAAUCAGUUUAUUAUAGGGAUAAAAUAUUUUUGAGGGAUUUUUCGGGAAUGUGCGCUUGGUCAUUGAAAGUGAUUGUCAGGGUUUUUUCCGCUUAAUAAUUAGGCUAUUUCGACUGGUUUCCUUAUGUUAUUAUUUAUAAUAUUGCUUAAUUUGUUAACUUGUUGUUGGAUUUCCAAUGGUAAUUCUUAUUCUUACUGUGGGACCAGAACGCCACUACGGAGUUGCUAGGGAAUUUAGGGUCGUACACAACAGGGGUUCCGGAAUCCGUUAUCAACCCACGAGCUUAGAAAGUUAUUUGGAACGUCUCUGCGCUCUCUUUGAAUCAAUGUCCUCAACAACUCCACCAAACACCCCGAACCGAAUAAAUAUAAUCAAAAAAACCACAAUGAACACCUGAAUCACCUUAAAAAGUAUGGAACAUCAUGAAAAUGACGAGUGAGUACUGUCCUGCGUCGAAAUCACCCAAUAACCAACUCACAAAACACCUGCACAUUCCAGAAGUCCAGAAAUUUGAGGUUAUGCCGUCAAGAGUGUGACGUCCAGCAAGAGACUUCAGAACGCCAGAAUAACCAAAGAAUUUACUGAUAACAAUAUCUAAAAAAGGAUAAAAUCUACUCUCCAAUGGAGGAUAUAUCAAAAGAAAUCCUGGAGGAGCUUCGUGAGAAGUACCAGAAGGUUAGAAAGCUCCUGGACGAGCCCCACGAUGAGUCAAACCCAGGUGAAGGUCCUGAUACAGCGACGAAGAAUCGAGCCACUGUGAUUCUUAACGACAUGAAGUCAAAGCUUGAGAAUCUCCUCAACAAUACGUCAUCACCUCCAAAACGCCUUCGAUCUAGUCUCGCAGUGGUUUGCCUGAACAUCGGCCUCAUCUGCAUAGACAACGAAGAGCUGAAAGACGCCGAAGAGAGCCUGAUGAGGUGUACAGAGGUGCUGAAGAGUCUGGAGCUUACACCUGAGGGAAUUCUCCCCUUUCUCAGUACGAUGAACCAACUGGCGAUCAUUUGGUUCCAGUGGAGUGAAUUUGAGAAGGCGAAGACGUUCGUGGAACGAGCUGAGGACUUCUACAAGAAGUACAAAGCAUUGGAGCCUCCAGAGGUGCCAGUUGGAAUGUCCCAGGUGUUUGGCAUUGAAAAUGCCGAGGAACCAGCACCCAAUCAUGUUCUGGAGAAGCUUCACACACUGACCCUUUACUAUCUGGCCCAGAUCUAUGGAAUCUCCAAGGAUCAUCAGCAGUCAGCACUGUACUGCCACAUGACCCUGCAGAAGCAGCUGGAGCUUACUGAUCUCGAUUACAUUGACUGGGCGCUCAAUGCAGCCACUCUGUCACAGUUUUUUAUGGAGAGAAAGCACUUUUCACAGGCUAGGCAUCAUCUAGCAGCUGCUUCACAUAUUCUGGGAGUUUAUGAGGAGAACCUGAAGAGCUGCGACGAGAAGGGGAGCGAUAGCGAAGAGAUGAAGGCCGCCAAGUGGGAGCAGUUUAGACAUCGGAGUGCUGAUGUCGCUAGAUGCUGGGCAAAGUACGGAAUUCUCUUGAUGAGUAUGUCGAGAGAUCGUCUAAUAGCCCUAGCUGAUAACGUUGACAACGAAAAAUCAAUCGACAUCAAUAACAUCGACACUGAAGACCUUCCAGGAAUCGACGAGGAUCUCCUCAAGAACAUGAAGUUCGUGAAACUCGAGAAAGAAGUUAUGACUAUUGAGGAACAAAUAACUGACAAGUACCUGCUGGAUUUCACUGACGCCAGGAAAGUCUUCCUCAACGUACAGAAGUGGCUGGAGGAGGCGAAAAAAUACUACGCCCUGGAGACUCACGCCUCUGAUUACGUUCACAUAAUUCAGGACGUCUCCCAGAGCUACAAGUACUUGUCCUUCUUCGAGGACGACGAUGACAGACAAGCUAAAAUGCACAAGCGACGAAUCGAUGUUCUCGAAGAGGUGAUCAAGGAGCUCAAUCCCAGGUACUAUCAGGCAGAGUGUCGACAGAUCUGGAUUGAACUGGGAGAGACGACCUCAGCUAUCCUGGAUAUUAAAUUGGAUAAGCUGAGGGCCAGCGACGAACGACCGACAUCCCAUGCACUCAAUAAAAUUAAUAAUCUCGCUAAAUCGGGAAUCAACUACUACCAGAAGUUCCUGGACUCGAUGAAGGAGAGUGAGACAUCGCCAGCGGUGAGGGAGUUCCCUCGGGAGCUUGUGAAACCUGCACUAUUUGCUUACUUCCAUAUUGGCACCCUUAGCAACAAAAUUAUCACUCCGGAUAAAUUAAUGCAACUGGAUAAUCUCAAAGCUAGUGUUGGAGCUUAUAAAUUUCUGGUAGAUUACUGUCAACGACACGAGGAUGCCGCUGAGUUCAUGAGAGCCGAGCUGAAUGUCUGCAGAGAUCUUGUUAAUUUGUUACCUUUGAAGAUUAAUAAAUUGACGCAGUCGCUUAACGCACCAUAAUUUUUUUGUUUUUAUUUAUCAAUGGAGUUUCUGCGUGAUUGUUUUUGCGGAAAAAUUCGAUGAAGGACGAAAAGUUGAUAGAAAAUAUUAGAUACGUAUUUUUUAUUUUAAAAAAAUAUUUAGAAGUUCUCGGAAAUGGGAAA